UUAAGUUGUGCAGCAACAACAGAAUUGAUGGAAGCGCCAUCGAGUUUGUCAAAAGUGUUGUUAAUGGGCGACAUAAACGACUAUUUAUUGAAUUCAUUGCUCGCAAACGAGAGUGCAGAACGAAAGCAAAAAAGGGAAUUGCUACUUGAUACGAAGUAUUAUCAGGUGACUGUUAAGUUGAUAUCAUUGAGAACAGUUAUGAGCAUCGAUGAGUGGCGUACUUCGAGAUCAAAUGUUGAUGUCGGUGCAGUUAUAUACAACUGGGCUGGUGUAUUUACUUCUUUACAACAGCUAAAGCAACAAUUUUCAGAUUGGAUUACAGAUAUUCAGGUUGUUGUCUGUGAUCGUUCUGAUCACUUGUUAGAGUGGUCAGAAGAUUUGUGUCGUUUUUGCGCUAGUAAACGGAUUGAAUUGGUGGAACUUGAUCCAGACCUUGAAACUGUAAAAGAUUUAAACGAAUGUCGCGAACUUUAUGGUAUAUCUCGGAUAAGGGAGAUAUUGGAAGCUGGGGAUUGGAAAAACAAAAUCAUUAAGAAAAAUCCUUUCACUUCACAGGAACAUGUGGAUGCUAAAAUUUCCAGUGUGUUUACUGACAAUGUCUUGUCGCGAUUUCUCGUAAAUUCUCUCAAAGAUGUUGGAUCUGAUUGCUCCUCUGUUACAGACAAAGACAAAGGCUCUAUUUUGCUUAUAGAGGUGAUUCUGAAGUCCUUUGGAAGAUCAAAUAUAUCUUUUGAUAGCUUAGUAAAGCAUUCAGAUAUUCCGGAUUCCGAAGUAAUGGAAUAUUUCAAGGAGGAAACAGAAAAACUUAGUCGGCAAGAUAACAUGGUUGUAAAAGUUAGUCUGCAUAUCAAAAAAAAGGUGUGUGGAAAUGGUGAAACGAAAUGUGUACCGAAAUCGGAUGAAAAGUGUAGUGAACAUUACUUAUUCGAUGCUAAAAAAGAUAAUGUACGCGAUUCGAGUGAAAUGACUCGAUCGGUAAUUGAUGGGUUGUUCAGUCAGCCUGUUAACGAAGAAGUAACAAAUUUGGCAAGCAAAAUCGAUGAGACACGAUCAACUUUGCUGAAAAUGCCGUUCGGACCGGAACGACAAAAUUUAGCAGCAGAUACAAUGAUGGCGGUUAUGGAUUCUAUUGGUGAUAAUGAACUUUUCAUUAGCUCUUCCGAUGAUGAAUCAAUCACCUAG